AGUUCAGUUCCAUAUUACCAGCGUAUAGUCAGAGAAUUUCUGGUGGAUUUUAGUUUUGGUCCUCUAAUAGAAUGUGGAGACUUAGAAGCCUAUAUUAACAAGCUGCAUCAUCUUGGACAUUUGUUUAGCCUUCGUUUGGCAUCCGUGGCGGGUUCGGACAAGAUCAAGAUGAAUGCCAUGCUGGAGACCCCCGAGCUCCCAGCCGUGUUUGAUGGAGUGAAGCUGGCUGCAGUGGCUGCUGUGCUGUACGUGAUUGUCCGGUGUUUGAACCUGAAGAGCCCCACAGCACCACCUGACCUCUACUUCCAGGACUCGGGCCUCUCACGCUUUCUGCUCAAGUCCUGUCCUCUUCUGACCAAAGAAUACAUUCCACCAUUGAUCUGGGGGAAAAGUGGACACAUCCAGACAGCCUUGUAUGGGAAGAUGGGAAGGGUAAGGUCGCCACAUCCUUACGGGCACCGAAAGUUCAUCACUAUGUCUGAUGGAGCCACUUCUACAUUCGACCUCUUCGAGCCCUUGGCGGAGCACUGUGUUGGAGAUGAUAUCACCAUGGUCAUCUGUCCUGGAAUUGCCAAUCACAGCGAGAAGCAGUACAUCCGCACUUUCGUUGACUACGCCCAGAAAAAUGGCUAUCGGUGUGCCGUGCUGAACCACCUGGGUGCCCUGCCCAACAUUGAACUGACCUCGCCACGCAUGUUCACCUAUGGCUGCACGUGGGAAUUUGGAGCCAUGGUGAACUACAUCAAGAAGACAUAUCCCCUGACCCAGCUGGUCGUCGUGGGCUUCAGCCUGGGUGGUAACAUCGUGUGCAAAUACUUGGGGGAGACUCAGGCAAACCAAGAGAAGGUCCUGUGCUGCGUCAGUGUGUGCCAGGGGUACAGUGCACUGAGGGCCCAGGAAACCUUCAUGCAAUGGGACCAGUGCCGGCGGUUCUACAACUUCCUCAUGGCCGACAACAUGAAGAAGAUCAUCCUCUCGCACAGGCAAGCUCUUUUUGGAGACCACGUUAAGAAACCCCAGAGCCUGGAGGACACGGACUUGAGCCGGCUCUACACAGCAACAUCCCUGAUGCAGAUUGAUGACAAUGUGAUGAGGAAGUUUCAUGGCUAUAACUCCCUGAAGGAAUACUAUGAGGAAGAAAGUUGCAUGCGGUACCUGCACAGGAUUUAUGUUCCUCUCAUGCUAGUUAAUGCAGCUGACGAUCCGUUGGUGCAUGAAAGUCUUCUAACCAUUCCAAAAUCUCUUUCAGAGAAACGAGAGAACGUCAUGUUUGUGCUGCCUCUGCAUGGGGGCCACUUGGGCUUCUUUGAGGGCUCUGUGCUGUUCCCGGAGCCCCUGACAUGGAUGGAUAAGCUGGUGGUGGAGUACGCCAACGCCAUUUGCCAAUGGGAGCGUAACAAGUCACAGUGCUCUGACACGGAGCAGGUGGAGGCUGACCUGGAGUGAGGCCUCCGGACUCUGGUAUGCUCCAGCAGCCCUCCUCUGGAAGCUGCGUCCCCUCACCCCCUGUUUCAGGUCUCCCAUCUCCCUCAGUGACCUGGAUCUGACCUCACACCAUCAGCAGGGGGCACCCACCAUGCACACCUGUCUCGGAGUAGGCAGCUCUUCCUGGGAGCUCCAGCUUAUUUUUGUGCGUAGUUACUGGUUUUCUCCAUUGCAUUGUUAGUCAUGGUGACAAGUGACAGAGUUCUUGCCCUCUGUCCAGUUUCAGCAUCUGGUUGCUUUUAAGCCAAGUACAUCUAGUUUGCCUAUUAAAAAUGUGUCUGAAUAGCAA